AUGUCUGUUGCGGAGCAUUCAAGUAAUAUUCCAAUUGGCGGAUUGUCUGGAGAUUCACGAGAACAUGCUGAAUGUAUUGAAAAAGCACCGGUACCGAAUUUCGCAGAACGAUUAGAGAACUAUUUUAUAUCAGGCACGCCGUUAUGCCCUGAGGAGUUACUUAUUUAUUCGCUAAUGAAAUUGCAAUUUAAAACUUACACAUUCAAUAGGCAUCAUUCAAUAUCUCAACACGUAAAAAUUGCCGAUGUUGUAUCUACAAUAUGCGGUGCCCAGUUUGAACCCACUUCAAUGCGAAGGUUCUUUCCAAGAAUAGCAAAUAAUGAGCUGAAAUCGAAUGUCGGAAAGGAAAACGGAAAGGUGAGAUGGAGCUAUUUUGGUAAGCAGAUUGAUGAAUUAAUAUGUGUUUCAGGGAAAGACCUUGAGCAAAUGUUAAAUAGUUCUAAAACAACGCCAGAAGAUGUCAUC